CGAGGACCCUUUCCUCGGUCGAUUGCAGAUACAGGGUCGAUUGAAGUGGCUUUAUUUUCUAAAAAUUACUACGAUUUUUGAAAAACAGAAAUAAAACCCAGGUAUAAUUAGGAAGCAUGCCAUUAUCAUACAUGGAUACAAAACAACCCUCUAUCAAACACAGCGGAACAAUUCAACAGCUGCAAUAAUGUAAUGUAAAAUCAGCAUGUGAGAUCAGAGAGCAUAUUGAAUUAUCACAUUGAAAUUCAACCCUUUGUUUAAAUUAUCAUAUUUUAAAUAUCAAAUAUUUUUUUAUAAUGGAAGGAGAUCUGGGACAUGAGUAGGCAAAAGUUUGAAAUUUUGUUCAAAGUAAAUAAAAUCUAAUAACAAAAGUUUAAACGGUCAAAUUUAAUAUAAAAAAGUUUGUGAUAUAAUAGUAAACAGUUUUAUCCUAAAGGGGUUUCAAAUCUUGUGUUUAGCUCUGUGAGAGUGCGAACAAAACAAGCAGAAGCUCUCUUUAGGGAAAUGUUCGAGGGCAGUAUUAUUUGAGUUGGGUGAAAGAGUAAACACUAGUUGUAAAUAUCUAAUUAUCCUGGCGCUACAUGACAAUCUUUGGUGGUUUGCUGAUGCGAAAAGAUGCACUGUUCUCGGAUUGGUUUAAAUCGACUCAACUUCCAUAAGCCCCACCCACUGUUUUAUGUAUGUAUAGUUGAAGUGGCAUGCAAAGCCCACACUCAACACUCAAGACAUUCAAAGGUGAAAUGGUUGUUCUGGUCAAACCGAGUCCUCAGUUGGGUAACGUUAGUAAAGCGAUGGAUGGAAAUCAUCACAAAGUAGAGGCGAAUGUUUUGCUCCUUGGAGCAGAAAAUGUUGGGAAGUCAGCCCUCACUGUGCGAUUUCUCACCAGAAGAUUCAUCGGAGAAUAUGGCGAUAUUGAAUCAAUAUACAAUCAUAUUGAUAAAACAGAUGGGCGAGAAAUAUCCUUAAAUAUUUGGGACUCUCUGUAUCCACAGAGCUGCGAAACAACUGAAUCCAUCAGUGACAAGCAGCUUCAGUGGGCAGACGGCGUGAUCCUGGUCUACAGCAUCUGUGACCGCUCCAGCUUUGAGGUGGUCCGGCAACAGGUGCAGCUCAUCCGCCAGACUAGGAAGCUGUCCGCAUCUGCACCGAUCAUCAUUGUAGGGAACAAGCGAGACCUGCUGCACCAGAGAGCCGUGUCGAGCGAGGAGGGCAGACUCUUCGCCCUCUCCGCAGACUGUGGCUUCUUCGAGAUCUCCGCAGCUGAAACCUACCACGGCGUGCUUCUGGUCUUUCAUGAAAUACUGGAUCUCAUUAAGGAGUCCAGAGCACUGAAAAAGGGGAUGGCCGGAAUCAAGGGCAUAGUCAGAAGUGUGUCCGCAGUGUUUGGAAAGAAAUGGGAGUAAAGAACUGAGUUGGGGUAUGUUGAAGAUAUGAGGCCUCUGGCAGCCUAGCGUCUAAACAGCUAAGAAGACCCUCGGCCAAUAGGUUUUCGGAAUCGAAGGGGGGAUCCCCUUUCGCCUUUUAGGCUACAUGGACGGUGGAAAGCUAAAGAAUGAGAUGAUGGCAUGUUAAAAGUUUAGAGCCCAGCUUUAUGGUGAAGAAAGGUAGAUUAAGUUUGUAACAGCAAGAUGAUACAAGAAGUUCUGAUGAAAAGUGGUCCUGGGCCUUGAUUUAAGUUGGUCACAGCAGGGUAUUGAUUUGAACCGAGAGACAGUCCGGAUCGAUUGUAGUCGAUGACCCUUCAGCUCUGAAAAGAUGAUGUAGAUGAAUUCAAAUGGUCUUCUGCUCUGGAUCUUAGAUGCCUAAAAUAUAGAGUUGGACUUUAUCCUCUCUGUAUUUUCCUCUUUUGAAUCUCCACUUGACAUUUAGAUGCGAAUGAUUAAAUGUGGUAAUUUUGAGGAGGCUAUGUAAAAUGUGUAUAAUAUACAUUUUAUGUAUAUAUUGUAAUGUUCAGAACAUUGUUUUCUGUGUAGUUUCUUUGAGGUAGGUGGGACUAUAAAUGUUAUUCGAUGUACGGCACGUUCACACCAAGGAUAUAGAAUAGUUGUAACUAUAAAGUUUUAAUUAUCAUUCUAAUUCCAUGAGAAUAGCAAAGUCUAAAACGCAAUUAUAACGAAAACAAUAUAAUCGGAAUCAUUUUCGGAAUGUUUUUUUCUUGCUGAUAAACGCUUAAAAUAUGGACAGCCAAUCAGAAUCCAUCUGAAGAGCUUGAGCAUUUAAAGUGGCAGAACUUUACCAUGCCUUGGUGUGUACGCCAAUAUAGUUAUAAUUAUUUUUCAUGUUGUGAACGAUCUAAGACUGAAGAGUGAGAUAUGAAGAGUGUCUGUUCAUGCACUGUAAACAAUGUUGCUGUAAUUAGUUAUAGCAACUUAAAAUAUUCAACUAAACUUUAGUAACAGGAACACCUAAUUUAAGUUGAAACGACUCAUUUCUUAUUUUACUGUUAAAUGUUAAGUUGUGAUAAAUAAUCACAGCAAUAAUUUUUACAGUGUGUAAUUGCCCUGUAUUUACUUGAAUCUUUCAUUUUUGUAUAAAAAGUACAUGGUGUUUUUAGUUCAAGACCUUUUUGAGAUGUUUAUAUUGCUUGUAUUUCAAUGUUCGAUUUCAAUAAAGGAAAAACCAUU